AUGGUGGACUCUCGCAUUCAGCAGGCCAUCGCCAACGGCACGGUCCCGGCGGGUAUUACCGCUGAAUAUCUGAGCGAAUCUCGCGAUGGCCCGUCAAUUGUUGGCAUUGUUUUCGUCACAGCGCUGACCUUUGUGGUCGUCUGCACAAGAUUGAUAUCACGAUCAUGCAUUGUGAGGCGUGUUGGCGUUGAUGAUGCACUGGCUACAUUGUCAUUGGCUUUACUGAUAUGCUUUGUUGGAUUGAGCAUUGAAUUGAUCAACCUGGGAUCUGGGAGGCACUUCGCCUAUAUCGAAUAUAUCAUGGACGUCCCCACGGUUCUCCGGACACAGGUACUAGAUUUCGUCGCGCACAUCAUCUACACGACAGCCCUGCUCCUAUGCCGCGUAUCGGGUCUCGCAUUUUACCAGAGAGUGUGUGGGCAGCACAACAACUUUCAGCUCGCCAUCAAGAUUGUGUUUGGCAUCUUGAUCGCCGGGUUUCUCCCCCAGAUCUUUUUGCUAAUCUUCCAUUGUAAACCGGUCACGGGUUACUGGCCGUACGGUUGGGAGCCCGUUGCUCCCUUAUAUACCUGCCUGCAGUGGGGUAUCGUUUACAGUGUCAACUCUUCUGUUUCGCUUCUCUGCGAUCUGCUUCUGUUUGGCAUUCCUAUUGCCAUGUUACGAACGUUGGAGAUGUCUCGGAAGCGAAAGAUCCAGUUGGCUGGAAUUCUACUGCCUGGUGUUGCAGUCAUUGGCAUUUCGAUUGCUCGACUUGUCCUCGUCAUCCUGGGCCAGUGGGAGACUGAUGAAUCUUGGUCAUACGAUCCCAUGCUUGGCGUGGAAACAUCCGAGAUAGGAGCCACGCUGAUCGCUCUAUCCGUUCCCGGAGCCAAGCCGCUCUUUGACAAGAUAUUCUUCAAGAAGGACGAUAGCCAGACAAGCGGCGCAUCGCAUUACGGCCGCAAGACCAACACUUUUCGGUCUCGAGGGACUGCUCUUGGCACGCUGAGGUUCCAAUCCGGCAGCCAGCACAGCAUACUGGGGAGCCAAGAAGACGAGGGACCCAAGUACGGCUCCGAGGCCGUGGCAAGUGCCGGCAGCAGGCGUGCCAACGAUACGGAAGGCAUCUACGUACAGAUGGAUUUCGAACUGAAGGAGGCUCGAGCAGUUAAUACGAAGUUUCGGCGAACUGAACAGACAAAAGGGCCGCCCAUCUGA